ACAAACCCUUUUCAAUCUUCAAAACCCUCCGAUUAUUCCUCUUCAGAUCUUCCAAAACCCCCCAAAUUUUGCCCAUUUCUCAAAACCCUUCAAUCCCCAAAGAAAAAAGUUCAAAAUUUGCAGAAAAACCAGUGAAUUUUGGCAGAAAUGGAUCACAAAUUCGAUCACGAAGAACACAUCGAACUCCCUCCGGGUUUCCGAUUUCAUCCGACCGACGAAGAACUCAUCUCUCACUAUCUUUACCCGAAAGUUUCCGAUCACACCUUCAGCGCGAGAGCGAUCGGAGAAGUCGAUUUGAACAAAGUGGAGCCAUGGGAGCUUCCCUGGAGGGCGAAAUUGGGUGAGCAAGAAUGGUUCUUUUUUUGUAUACGGGAUCGAAAAUACCCGACUGGAUCGAGAACGAAUCGAGCUACGGAUGCUGGGUAUUGGAAAGCUACUGGAAAAGAUAAAGAGAUUUAUAAGGAGAAAUCUCUUGUGGGUAUGAAGAAAACACUUGUUUUUUAUAAGGGUCGAGCUCCGAAAGGCGAAAAAACCGAUUGGGUUAUGCAUGAAUAUCGAUUAGACGGCAAGUUUUCCGCAAAUAAUCUCCCGAAAUCGAGCAAGGGGGAAUGGGUGAUCAGUCGGGUUUUCCACAAGUGCGCCGGUGGGAAAAAGAUUCCGAUCUCGGGGUUGUCGAAGGAUUUUGGGUCUGCGAAUUUGCCGCCAUUAAUGGAGAUAUCGAGCUUCGAAGGUGGAUCGUCAAGAACAGAGACAUCUCACGUGACCUGCUUCUCCGAAUCCAUGGAGGAACAGAAACCUAAUAAUCAAGAAUUGGUGGGCAGCUGGAGCUCAAGCAAAACCUCUUUAAUGGCGUCAAGAAACGAAACCGCCAAUUUCCCGAACCCGCUGGUCCAAAACCUCGAUAACUUCCAGUACCAAGACUCGAUUUGGAUGCAGGAUUCAUCGAUCCUCAAAAUCUUGAUCGAGUCCAACAACGAUUCUGUCAUGCGGCAAAACCCGAAAACAGAACUGGUUGAUGAUCAAGACUACGGUCUGAAUUCGGAUUUCGACUUAUGGAAUUACUGAACAAGAAGAACAAGGACUCAAAACGAUAUCGAAAAACAGAGUAGAAACAAGUUCAUCUUUUAGGUUGAUGAUUGUUCAUACAUUUUAGGUUAAUUACAAUGAUUUGAUAGACUCAAAAGGGGAUUAUGGAAUGUAAAUCAUGAAAUCAAUCAUGGGUUUUUAUUACUAUUUAAGUUCGCACAGUUACAAAUCAGUGAUAUCUUGAUAUUUCUCC